UCUGUUAUGUGGAAGAAAAAAGUAGCUGCCCAGCCUGUGGUAUUUCAGUACCUUUCCGCUCUCAGAUCUGUGUGCUGUGACUGUGCUUGAACAAGAUACUGGCCUGUAUCAUUCCUCACUCCGUGUUUCCAUCUGAAGUAAACAGGGCGCGGAGCAAAAGGAAUACACGUUCAAUAUUUUUGGAUGAUUGGGAGAGCAUGACUGGGAUUGACCACUUAUGCUGGAGUCAAAGAUGCUUAAAUGCGUUCCACCUUUCACUGUAACUAAUCAUGUCUUUAUUUUUGUGUCUUUCAGUUCUGACAUUGAUAUGUUUUACUUCUUAAUAGAUUGGGUUGGUGUUGCCAAUGAUCUUUUAAGGAGCUGUCACACAAACCAGCACAUAAAGCAUCUCUCUGAAUGUGGUGCUGAUGUGUUUGUUCAUCUUUAUGAGUCAAUCUUAGGAGAAAAAGUACCAGAUUUCAUAGCUACUCCUAGAAGCCAAGAGGAUGAUGCACAUAAUGUACAAGCAGUAAUAGAUUCCCUGGCAUUGGACUAUUUGCAGGUCAGCUUGUCGCAUAUCACUGGUGAGAACAUUGUGAAAGGAGAAAGGGAAUCUAUCAGAAAUCUCCUCGAAAUAUUUGAUGGCUUGUUAGAGUAUCUUACAGAAGAAGCCAGUGAAUCAUCUUCUCAGAAUGGAGAUAAGGCAAAAGAGCUAUCCAAUAAUGAAAUUCAGAUUGCAUCUCAAGAGCAGCUGGAAAGCAAUGCUGGUCAACUUAGGCAACCUUCAAUAUUCUUAUCAGUUGAAGGGUCCCAGUCAGGAUUUUUUGUUCCAUCUUGGGAUGAAGAUGGAUCAGAAUCUACCAGUGAAUUAAUUAGACUUGGAGAUACCGCUCAUUCAUUUUCCAAGAGAGAGGAAGAACUCCAGUUCCGUGAAUUGUUACCAGCAGAAAAGGACAAGGGGGUGGAAGAAUCUGAAAACUCAGAGGCUAUUGCAACAUUACCUAGACCGUUCUCUGAAACUGAAAGGGCCGUUGUAAAGGAAGAGGAAGAUGGAUCAAUGGAGUCCGUUCAUACUGCUGAACCUCAAAAAGAGAGUUUGAGUGCCAGUGCUACAAAACUUGGGAAGCCUAUACAGCAGGCUAUUCCUUUGCUACCACCAUUUCAGCCUUCAGAAGCCAGACCCCAUUAUCCUGGAUGGAGAGAUUAUCACAGCUCAAACAGACAGUCAGCAGCUUUGGCUAACAGUCAAGGAGGAAAAAUUCCUACACUUGAAAAGUCACUUACACAAAAAUCUGAAGACGUUUCUGGUAGUCUUCCUCUAUCAAGGAAAAUCCCUGCAGGAGACAAGGUGGUAUCAAAUGAUGCUGAAGACAAUGUGGCAAAGGUUCCCUGGAUAUAUGGGACUUCAUCUGCUUCCUCCUCACAGCAAAAACUCUCACAGACUCCAAGACCUGAGUCUAGAUAUCUGCCUAGAAAGAAAAGAUAUGAAAAUUCUACCACAGAUUCACUUGAAGAGUCUCUUUCCCACAGAACAACAAAGGAAAAGCUGUCUGAGCAAGAGCUUCAUGAAGUGUCAGAAAAACUCUCUUGCAGGUUAAAUGAACUAGAUUCAAUGUUGAAGAGAGCUUUGGGUGGGCAAACCGGAGAGGAAGAGCUGACAGAUGAAGACACCCUGUCUCAGCACAGUGACAGUGUCAUGGAUUAUCGCCGAAGGAAAGCUGAGCGAGACACAGCACCUCUAAGGUACCCGGGCAGGCCACGAUCCCUUUCUCCAGCCUCACCCUCAUCUCAGCAUCAACUCUUUUCUGAGUUGGAAGAUAAACCUUGCAGUAAUGGAACAGGCCAAAUAAGGAAAAUACGCAGCCAGUUGCAAAAAGAAAGAGAUGAAAGAACAAAAAAAGUAAAGACUGUUGCUAAAGCUUAUGAAGAUGAACUAAGAAUUUAUGAAGCUCAGGAGAGGCUUAGACUUUCCAAGCUCAGAGAAGUCAUCAGGGAAAUGGAACAAGAAUACAAAGAAAACAUCUUUAAAGAACCUCCAAAAAUGCCUCAGCCAGUGAAAGUUUAUUCUAGAAAAACCACACCUCGGAAUCCCAAAUACAGCCAGUGGAUUCCAAAACGAGGGACUGUGAAGCCAAAGAAAGCAGCUCCAAUGAAAGUAAGAGAUGACGACCUCCUAUUUCAGCUGCUGGAAGAGUUUCCCCACCUGCAUAUUUCCCACCAUACUAUGAAUAAAAUGUGGCAGCAGCAGCUUGCACAUACUGAGCAACUUAAGGCAGCUUCUGGCAGGACUAGGCCAAAACUCCAAAACGAAGUUCAACAAGCCCUGAAGAAGCAUGAACUGCUUCUUGCCAUUAUUAAAAAAGAUCAAGACCAUAACAAGAGACUGCAAGAACUUAGGCAACGUAUCUGCCGACAGAAAUGGGCUCAGAAUAAAGUCAGAGAGAAACGCCAGCAAAUUGCUCGAGCCAGGAAAUAUUAUGAAGAUUACCGGGUUCAGCUGCGUGCCAAGAUGAUGCGGGCUAGGACACGGGAAGAAAGGAUAUUUAAGAACUUAUUUGAAGAAGGCUUAGAAAUUCAGAAGCAAAGACUGAAGGACCUGAGAGCAUACGCUCAAGAGAAGCGUGCUGAGCAAAGGAGAGAGCAUCAAGAUGAGUUGGAGUCUAUGGAGAACUUUUACAGAGAUCAGUUUUCCAUGCUAGCAGAAGCUUUAUCUCAAGAAUGCCAAGAAAUCCAAACCAGAGAGAAAGCACAAGCACAAAUGCUACAGAAAACAAAAAGAGAACUGAGAUCAAGGAUGGAAAAGGAAAUAGAGCAACUGCAGGCGGCAAUAAUGCAAAGUGAUGAUGACACCUUUUUUCAAGAGCUAGAAGCAGACAGGCUGAAAUCUAGACUUCAGAUGGCUUCCUUUCAGUAUAGCAAACGCUGUUUCUUGUAAGACUUAAGGUAAAUAUUCCCGCAGUUCUCUCUGGCUAGGACUACGGGAGUCUUUGAGAGCUGCUCUAACAGGAAGAUGGUGUGUGACUGUGUUUUCCUCUAAAAUAUUUGGCUCUGACACUUUGACGUGUCAGAAGCGUACCCGCUGGGAUCUGGGAUCUCUACAGCACUUUUGUGAUCACCAAUAAAGUUUUUAAACUACUUUCUACUUUCUUAGCAAGGCUGAGAUAAUGUUGAGCUGCACACGAAGGAAGCGGGAUGAAGUCAGUGGGCUUUAGUGAAGUUUUUGUCGUAGUGGAACAGCUGAAAGCUAAACCUCUUCUUAUGUCUCUGCUGCUUCCGUUGUUGCUGGAGUUGAAAAGCCACACUAACGCCAUUAGCCAGAAAUUACUGGAUUGGAAAACUCAGAAAGUACAAGAUGAUCUUUAAAAGAACAUCCGUGGUUCAAGUUUCCCGUGAAAGGACACGUUAGAGAAUGCCUUCAAUAAACCUGACAUAAAAAUCAGUAUUUUAAAAUAUAUUAAGCUGGGGAGGGCUGCUUAUUCUACACAAUACUAUCUUUGCAGUUUUGGUGUUGCUGCCUUGUCAAUGGCAAAGCAUACGAAGUGCUGCUUCCUGGGCUGCUUCCUGGGCUGCUUCCUGGGCUACAAGUGUAGUGGGAAAAGUAGUUUGAAGUAGAAAACACUGGGUUACGGGCCCUAUGAGACGAAUACUUAAACUGAGAACAGAUUACAUAAAACCAAGAUAAUAAUUAGUGAAGCUCAUUACUGAUACAGUCUCCUCCGCUUGAUAA